AUGAACUGCUUUACGGUAACUUCACUGAUUUGUCUUGAUGUUUUUUUGUUCAGUUUAGGAGAGAGUGUCAUAAGUAAUGUCAAGCCUUGUUCAUCUACGGGCACAAGGAAUGUUGGAGCUGUGGAGGAACCACUCAAGGCAGAAGAGAAAAAUAAAUCUGCAGAUAUUUCAAAACAAAAAGAACAAUGCCUUGUACCAUGUGAUGUUCAAGCUAAAAUUUUACGAGGGGAAAAACAUUACAUGUGCAGAAAUUUGCAGAACUCUCUUGUUGAAUAUGCAAGAAGUACAAAAAAGCUAGUAAGAAACAUGAUGGAUGAUCAACAGUCUUCUUUGGAUUACCUUUCUAAUCAGGUAAAUGAACUCAUGAACAGACUUCUUCUUUUGAACGCAGAAGUUUUGAGAAAGCAUUUGGAUACUCUUCCUUACAAAGCAGUUCAAUCUCAUGGGUUGGAUUGCACUGAUAUUAAAGAUACCGUUGGUUCCGUUUCAAAAACUCCAACUGGUCUGUACAUUAUCCAUCCAGAAGGAUCAAAUUAUCCUUUUGAGGUUUUGUGUGACAUGGAUUUUCAAGGAGGUGGAUGGACUGUGGUUCAGAAAAGGACUGAUGGAAUCAUUCCAUUUCAGAGAACAUGGUUUGAAUAUCUGGAUGGAUUUGGUGACCUUUCUGGGGAAUUUUGGCUUGGACUGAGGAAGAUUUUUCACAUAGUAAAUCAAAAAGCCACUAGUUUCAGUCUUUAUGUGGAUUUGGAAUCAGAAAAUGACAAGCAUGCCUAUGCAUCGUAUGAUGGAUUUUGGAUAGAGGAUGAAACAUGUUCUUUUAAGAUCCAUUUGGGGCGUUAUUCAGGAAAUGCUGGUGAUGCAUUUAGAGGAUAUAGAAAAGAAGAUAACCAGAAUUCAAUGCCUUUCAGCACGUUUGAUGUUGAUAAUGAUGGAUGCAGGCCAAUGUGCACUAUUAAAGAACAGUCUGUAAAGAGCUGCAGUAACUUCAGUGAUAGCACUGGAUGGUGGUUCAACCAGUGUGGCCUUGCAAAUCUUAAUGGUGUUCAUCGCUACACAGGUAGAUUUCUUGCAACUGGGAUUCACUGGGAUACAUGGACAAUGAACAAUAAACCAGUCAAAAUUAAAUCAGUUUCAAUGAAAAUUCGGAGAACCUAUAAUCCAUAUUUCCAUUAACCUAUGAAAAUAGAAAUAUGUCUCUUCUUGCAAUUAUGUGGGAUAAUAACUGCAUCAUAAACACCUUUCAUUUUCACUUGAACAGUUCAAUCUUAACACUUUGUUAGAUAUUUCCGUAAUACAGUUACUAAUUUUUAUUAUGAAAUGUCAGCAUUUGUAGUGUUCCCACUUGAGUUAGAAGGUCCUAAGAAGAACAGGGUUUUCAGAAAAUGGAAGAAGCUUAGUGUUUGUCAGCUUUUAUUCAACUGCCUCUUAUGCAAUCUCAGAGACAGCAGAAAAAUUACAAAAAGGAGUGAAAUGCUGACUUUUGAAUGUGUUAUUCUGCGCUCUCUGCAUAUCUCAAUUGCCAAGAAAUUUUAGCAAAUUUUCUUUUAAAAAAACAUACACCUGCCAUUUUCAUCAUUAUAUUUAGGAAAAAUAACCUAGGUUAAUUUUCCAGAACCAGCUCUUCUUUCUAUAUUCCUUAUCAGGCAAAAUAAUGCUGACUUAUUUCAACAUACAUGUAAGGUUCUGUAUACUCUCAGGGCCUGAUUUUUAUAUAAGUAAGGUAGACACU